ACUAGGAUGUCCAAUCCAACCCCAGCUCCAAGAAGGGCUCCCAAAGCUGACCCUCCAGAAUACCAAGAAAUCUCACUCCUGUCCCCCUCUCUCUCCUCCCUCCCUCGCCAUGGCCGGCCGCCUCCUCCUCCGUCUCCCUCUCCUGCUCCUGCUGCUUCUCCUACCCGCGCCGGCGCCGGCGGCUGCGUCUUCCCGCGCGGAGGCGUCUGCGGCGGCGGAUUCUGGUCGUCGUCCGGGGCUGGAAGAUGGGCUGCCGCCGUUCGCCGGCGCGCUCCGGCACAGCUGCCGCGUCUCCGCGGAGGGAUACCCGGCCGAGGAGGUUAAUGGCGAGGAACUUCUCAGGGAGUUGGCUGGCAAGGAAGAGUACACUGCUGUCCUUUUCUAUGCAUCAUGGUGCCCCUUCUCUCAAAGAAUGAGACCAGUCUUUGAUGAUCUAAGCUCAAUGUUUCCACGGAUUAAGCACUUGGCUGUCGAAGAGUCCAGUGUCAUGCCUGCCAUUUUGUCGAGAUAUGGUGUCCGUAGCCUGCCUUCUAUAAUCGUAGCACAUGGAUCAUACACAUUCUGGCCACUUGGUGCUGAAGAUCUUGACUCACUGGUCGAUUUUUACACUGCUGUAACAGGUCAAGAACCAGUCGCAUAUAUUGGUCCACGGAAGUGGAGUACAUCUCAAAGCACACACUAUGCUAAGCUUGGGAAUAGCUCAAUUAGUGAAGCAGUGAAGAGAGAACCCUACCUAGCAUUCAGUAUCAUGUUUAUUUGCCUAAGGAUAUUCUUGUUCUUCUUCACCAAGUUCUUCGCUCUCAUCAAAGGCUUCUGGAUCCAGUACUUCCGGCACAUCAACCUUGGAAUCCUUGCCAAAUUGACCCAGCUGCUUGAAUGUGUGCCACAUGCUGUGGAUGUGAGGAAGAUGUGGAGCAAGUGGAGGCUCAUGGUUGGAGCUAAGAAUGCCAGGGUUUGGGCGUCAUCUCUAACUUCUUUGUCGUUGGGCGGGCAGUCUUCUCCCCGAGCUGCUGUUCUGGAUUGAUGCGCUCGACCCUUCAACGGCGUGGAGAUAGUGUGCUGGUUCUUUGAAUUGCACUGGAUGCAGUAGCUCCUGUAACUCACAUGAGCAUGUAAAGACAGAUAAGAUCUCUGCUCAGAAAGAUACAUCUUGUUUGUAGAAUGUAAAUCUUAGGGGUACUGUUGAGCCUUUGUAAAUCACAUUGUAACAUUAAUCCUGAGUGUCCGUUGUCAAAGAUCAGGCUGUCUCAACCUUUGAGCGACAGAAGAAACAGCAUGAAA